CAUCUAGUGUUUACACGCGGUGUUACAGAUGAUAAAUGUCCUCUUCUACAGCCAGUGUUUCUGUUUUCAGCUCCUGCUUCUCCGUCUCCUCUGUGUCUCUCCAUUUAAACCAAUGGACCCUGACUUUAAAAGCAGAACGUUUUGGACACUUUGUUUUUUUUAAGACGUGUUUUGUUUGUUUUGUAAGAUGAGAGAUUGAUAUUUGAUAUGUUUUUCCAGCUCUAGUUCUACAUGUUGAUUCAUGUGAAGGGGAGGAGCGUUUUCAUGUCAGAAGCAGAAGAAGAAAGAAUCUGAUCAAACCUGAACUGCAGCUGACUCCUGGUGACUUUAUCAUUCCUCAACAGCGUGUUUAAUGCAAACCUGCUCCAUUAUUGUUCUUCUAAACCAGGACACGUAUUAAUGGAGAUUGUGUUGAUGUUGUGUUCUGUCAGAAGCAUGUUGAUGUUGAUGUUGAUGUGAUCUGAGAUGCAGUGAAGAUGGCAGAAGCGACUAAAACUCUUCCUGAUAUUUUCAUUUUUGACUCCAGUCCAGAUGAUGCAGUGAUGCGGAUUCUUCUGAUGGGCAGAAACACUUGUGGGAAAAGCUCGUCUGGGAACUUGAUCCUGGGAGAAAAGAGGUUUAAAAGGCAUGAGUCUGAAGUGUGUGAGGGUCAGACUCAGAUCAGAGGGAAGCAGGUCUCUGUGAUUGAUUGUCCAGAUCUACUGGAUCCAGAUCUGAAUGAAGAGCAGCUGGAGAAGAUGAAAGAGCAGCUGCUCUCUGGAUGUUCAGCAGGUCUCAGUUCAGUUCUGCUCACCGUUCCUCUGGAGAAACCUCUGCAAAAUGAGCAACAGAUCCUGGAUUAUAUUGAGUGUUUGUUUGGUCCUGAAGUUCAGAAGUACAUCAUGAUUCUGUUCACACAUGGAGAUGAUCUGGAGGGUCUGGAUCAGACCACUGAUGAACAUCUGAAACCCAAAGAUCAUGAGGAUCUGCAGCGACUCGUGACUGAAUGUGGAGGAAAGUCUCACUGUUUCAGUAAGAUGAAGAAAGUGAAGGCUCAAGUUGAAGAUCUGCUGCAGAAGAUUGAAGGAAUGAUGACGGAGAACGGAGGGAGAUUCUUCAUCAAACAGAUGAAGAGGAGCGACAGCAUGGACGUUCUUAAUGUCAGCUUUUCAGGAAAGAGUUUACCAUAUCCAGUCUCCAGAUGAAGCUGAUGCAGUUCCUGAGAGGAAAGACCAGAUCAGACUGGCUCUGAUGAGAAAAACUGGACUCUGUAAUAGUGCUGCAAACACAUCAUGGAUAUCAAACAGUGUCCGUGAGAAACUACAGUCUCAGUGAUUACGAAACACAAGACUCCUAAAGCACUUCUGUUCUUAUCAGCGAUGUAUUAAAUCAUGCAGCGAUCACAGUAAUACACGAUCACUGCACGAGCUGCGAGUGACUCUGAACAACUGGAAUAAACACACCCUUCUUUCUCAUGAUGUUCUCUGUUCAUAUAAAGUGCUUUCUGUGUCGCUAUCCAGAGGAGUGAGUUUCCUUUCAGAGGGGAAUCGGUCAAAUAUCAGAACACUGAAAGAAUAAAGUUGAUUUAUUGUG